GUAUAACUUAAAAUUAUUAUACCAAAUCAGUUGUGUUAGUUUGUGUCCGGGAAUGUAGAGAUAUGGACCAUCCACAAAACAGCAACAGAAUUGAACGACUUCAUCAAUCUUUACCUACACUUGAGCUGGAAAUAAAUCCCGAUCUCAGACAAGCAUCAGAAUCAGGACAAAAUUUCAAACAAAAUUACAGGAACGGCGAUGACGUUCUGACAUUUAUUGUGUCUGCUUUCUACGCCAAAUUAAUUGUGAUCUUGGGUAUCGCAUUGCCAGUCACUGAUGCCAUAGCAACCCGUGAGUACGACACGUAUGAUGCCUUCUACAUGUACCUGUACCUCGGCAGCAUUAUUUUUCUUUUGUAUAUGUACAUGAUUCAAGUGAAAGAAAAGUCAGCACAAGACUUUUGGCGGCGAACAGCAGACUCAGAUCCAUCCUAUGGCAUAAAAAAAAAUCAGCACGUUCGGUAUGGAAGUUUUUAUUUCAGAAUGGGAGUCACAGGAUUUGGAAUCGGUUCAGUUAUUUACUCAGGCUUGCAGUUCGGCCAGUAUUUUGAACUUUCUUCUCAAAAGGAUUGCGAUAAUGUGCUUAAGGCUGUAAAACCACUUCUGAGAAUAAUAUUUGCUCUUAUGCAAAUGUUGUUUAUAUUUUCUUACAGCAAUUUUUUAGAUAUGCAGAGAAGUAAGAUUAUUGCCAGAUUUGGCCUGAUGCAUAUGAUUGCAACAAACGUAUGCGAAUGGCUUUUCGUCUUGAUCGAGGAAACUCAACACGACAUUUAUAAAUCCGCAAAAAAGCGCCAGGACAACGCAGCGAGAGAUAACGUAUCCUUGUCGGAAAUGGAUUUCAAGUUCUUAAAUUCUACCACUUUCACUAUAACAAAACAAAUGUAUGAACAUAAAGUGAAUUGUCUUCAGUCGAACAUAAUGGAACCAAUCUUAAUUAAAUCAGAACCGUAUCUGGCGCCUUGCACGGUUGAAUAUAGUUUACUAUGUGCAGUUAUUUUAGGAUUAAUGUGGAAGAAUGCACAGUAUUAUGAAAAUACAGAUACCCGUGGUAACAAUUCUCCUGAGGCUGAAGAAAAACAAAGUGGUUGCAACGUUAUCUACAGCUCAAGACAAUCUCAGUUUUCAGUAGACUGUGCUCAAGCGCAUAAAGGUUUGUUUACAGGAAUUCUUGUUUUAGCUGUAACCGUUAUCAGCUUAAUUAUGUUUUUUGAGUUAGUCGGAUAUAAAGAAUACCAGGAUAUUGCCAUUUUACAGGUGAAUGCAUGGGAAGCCGUCUUGUUCGGAAUGGGCACAGUGGCAGCCGUUUUCUGCAUAGCAGCUUUGCGCGAUAUCGGAUUUCACCAAAUGAAGAGAGCUUUAGAGCUGGAACAUUUAUUACUCCUCGUUACACAAUGCGGUGUAUUUAUGUACUUUUUAUUCCAAAUAAUCGGCGCAGUGCUCAUGGGACUUAACAAAGGCAAAGGAGGUAUAAUGAGGAUAAUCACACCGCUUUCGGCUCUCAUCCAGAGCUCUUGCCAGACCGUUUUGGUGCUGGACGCUUGGAGAAGACGCUGCAGCACAGCGACACAGAUGCGCCUCAAACCCGGCAGACAGCUGAUUACGUUUUUACUUGUUGCCAACAUAGCUUUGUGGAUGGUCAACAGACUGAAAAAUAAUCGGUCGGUGUCGCAUCCCAACCAAAUGGAUUUCUAUGGAGUGCUGGCAUGGAAUAUCAUCACGCAUGUGACAAUGCCGUUGGUGGUAUCUUAUCGGUUCAUGUCGAGUGUAUGUUUCUAUGAAGUAUGGAAACAUGUGUAUAAAACGAGACCUGUUAACGAAAAGGAUCCAAAUUUAUAACAGUUUUAGUUGUACUAACUGAUUAUUAAAUAAAUACAUUUAAAUCUA